CCUGCUCCUCCGCGGCGCGUCUGGCACUCGGAGCGCCGCAGCGGCAGCGGCGGGUGCAGCCUGCGCAGGUCCAGGCCGUGACGCCGAGCGGCAGCGGGAGAGGACCAAGGGCGCACGCCGCAGUCACCACCCGCAGCCCCCGCGGCAGCUGCUGACCCGCCACCAUGGCCCGCGGAAAAGCUAAGGAGGAGGGCGGCUGGAAGAAAUUCAUCUGGAACUCGGAGAAGAAGGAGUUUUUGGGCAGGACCGGUGGCAGCUGGUUUAAGAUCCUUCUGUUCUACGUGAUAUUUUACGGCUGCCUGGCCGGCAUCUUCAUCGGAACCAUCCAGGUGAUGCUGCUCACCAUCAGUGAAUUUAAGCCCACCUAUCAGGACCGAGUGGCCCCGCCAGGACUGACACAGAUUCCUCAGAUCCAGAAGACCGAGAUUUCCUUCCAGCCCAGCAACCCCAAGACCUACGAGGUGUACGUGCGGAACAUAGUCCGGUUCCUGGAGAAGUACAAGGAGCUGGCCCAGAAGGACGAGAUGAUCUUUGAAAACUGUGGCAGUGUUCCCAGCGAGUACAAGGACCGAGGUGGCUACGACAGCGACCCUGGCGAGCGGAAGGUCUGCAAGUUCAAGCUCGAGUGGCUGGGUAACUGCUCCGGACUGAACGACGAGUCGUUCGGCUACAAGGACGGCAAGCCCUGUGUCAUCAUCAAGCUCAACCGCGUUCUGGGCUUCAAACCCAAGCCUCCCAAGAAUGACACCUUGGAGGGUCUCCCAUUGCUGAAGUACAACCCCUAUGUCCUGCCUGUCCAGUGUGCUGGCAAGCGAGACGAGGACAAGGAGAAGAUCGGCACCGUGGAGUACUACGGCCUGGGCGGCUACCCCGGCUUCCCCCUGCAGUACUACCCCUACUACGGCAAACUCCUGCAGCCCAAGUACCUGCAGCCGCUGCUGGCCGUGCAGUUCACCAACCUCACGCUGGACACCGAGGUCCGCGUGGAGUGCAAGGCGUACGGCGAGAACAUCGGCUACAGCGAGAAGGACCGCUUCCAGGGACGCUUUGACGUGAAGAUUGAAGUUAGGAGCUGAUCACAAGCACAGAUCUUCCCCACUAGCCAUUUAAACGUUUAAAGAAAAAAAAAAAAGAUACAAAAACC